AUGAACGUGCACCCGUCGCGGCAGGCUUAUGUGGAGGAGGACGCGGAGGCGGCAGGCGGCAGUCGCAGUCGCGAGAGCUUCCCCUUCAUAUCAAAUGCGAAUGGCAAGGCUAAAGCUGACAGAUGGCGGAUGAUACAGCAUGUACCCAUGGAGGGUAUUGAUCUGGCCAAUGUGCCUCUCGAUCGCAACUAUUUCAUGCCAUCGGACACACCUGGAGGCGGGAACGAGCGAGCAUCCGACAUACUGGGCCAAUUUGAGCGCAAGAAGCGAGCGCAGCAGAUUCUAGUUCCUACGGCCGAUCGCGACAUUAAGUUGAAACUCCGCUCACUGGGUGAGCCCAUCACUCUUUUCGGUGAAGGGUCUUCAGAGCGACGCGACCGAUUACGAGCCAUCUUGUUCGAGCAACAAGAAGCUGGAGGUGAAGAUGCGGAUAUUCAAAUGCAGGAGGCGGAUGAAGCGCCGGGCGAAGGCGACGAGGAAUUCUACACACAAGGCACUGCGCUGCUUCUAGAUGUACGGAGAGACAUGGCCAAGUACUCUCUGCCGCGGGCAAAGGAACGAGUUGCUUUCCAGCGACGCGAGUCAACUAUACCGCUCAAAACCCAUAUCGAUUUCCGCAACAAGAUCAAGGAUCGACUGAAGGGCUUCGAGCUGUAUGGGUCGCAGACGUCGGACCGACCUGUCAGUAUUGUGCGCUUCUCGCCCAAUGGUCAGUACGUCGCGUAUGGAAACUGGGGAGGGCAGGUUCGGCUGCUCGAGGUUCCUAGUCUGGAGCAGAAGAAGGCGUACCGAGGUGGUCAUACCGAGCGAGCUACAGGAAUCGACUGGGUUCCAGGUGCCACCUUGCCCGGCUCGACCGUUUCCUCGUCAAGCGCCAACUUCGCGUCAGGUGGAGCAGGCGGCAAGGUGCAACUCUGGUCACUAGAUGACGACAAGCCACUACGAUCUCUGGAAGGCCACGCGGACCGGGUGUGUCGGGUGGCAUUUCACCCAUCGGGACGCUAUCUUGCAUCGGCCUCCGACGACACGACAUGGCGUCUCUGGGACGUGAACACCGGCCAGGAAGUAAUUAUCCAGGAGGGUCACUCCAAGGAAGUCUACACCGUCAGCUUCAACCAAGACGGGUCACUGGUGGCCAGCGGUGGUUUGGACAGUAUCGGUCGAGUGUGGGAUGUGCGAAGUGGGCGCGUUAUCUUCUUGAUGGAAAGUCAUAUCAAGCCCAUCUACGGUCUCGACUGGAGCACGGACGGUCAUCGACUCCUAUCUGGUUCUGGAGACGGAUUUAUGAGAUGUUGGGAUGUGCGAGCUAUGCGAGAGACGAAUGCUAUCGCCGCGAACACCGGCGGCGUUACCGAUUUGAGAUGGUAUAAAGGUACUGACGGUCCUUUAGACGGUGUGCCGCUGCAAGGAAAUGGCGACGGAGAGUUGGUCCCGAAGAAGGCUUCAACUUUUGUCAUUUCCUCUGGAUUUGAUAAGAACAUUCAAGUCUUCUCUGCGGACGACUGGGCGCAUUGUAAGACACUGCAAGGUCAUUCGCAGGCAGUGUUCAGCACCGACGUUACCAGCAAUGCCGACUGGAUCGUCAGUGGAGGCAAGGACCGCACAGUGAAAUUAUGGGCGAGGGACGACAACGAAGGAAUAUGA